UGUCCCGUUUCAAUCUACAGCCACAGCCACAGCCGCGAUCGCGAUGCUACCGUAUCCUCGGGAUAUCGAGCGACACGUCGAGGGAGGCCCUCCAACAAGAUAUCGCAUCAGUUUGCUCACUCAACUCGGCUGCUAGCCUUAGAUUGACUCUCGCGCGAUCCUCUCAGAUAUUCUCUACGGCAACCAUAAUCGUACCUGAGGGCAUCUAUGGAAAGCUUCUGGCUGAGAUAUGUGACUGAUUCGACAUUCCCUGACAUCACUCCUCUCCACGAUGGACAGGACAGUGUCAUUGACAUCGUCGCCCUGCCGGGCCUGGGAAGCCAUCCGAUCGGUUCAUUCCAAGCCAAAGGCGGAGAUCAAGUCUGGCUUCGCGAUUUUCUCCACAAAGACAUCCCCAACGCUCGUAUCCUCCUCUACGGAUACAACACCGCGAUCCAACGGGACGAUGCAAGAUACUCCAUCCAACACCUUGCCAAAUCCUUCCUGGACUCUUUCAACACGUUUCGAGGAGCUACGAAUGUGAUGUCUUCCUGGGCCACGUCAACAAGGUCCCUGUUUCUGACAUCUUGUAUAGACUUGUCGACGGCCUGUAAUCUCCAUCGGGCACAGUCUCGGAGGUUUGCUCAUCAAAGAGGCGAUGUCAUUCCUCGUUUCUGCUCGUUUCGGUUGGUGUGCAAGUGAUUAACCAUCCUACAGGCCAUAGCACUGUCCCUGGACGAUGGUGGUAAUGAAACAACCAUCAAUACAGAUCGCAACCAAGACUUUUAUAAAUCGACACUUGGCUUGGUUUUCUUCGGAGUCCCACACCUGGGUCUCAAGGCCGGGAGACUGAAGGAACUCACCCAGGG